GAAUUCCCGCAGUCUGAUCGUAGUCGUGAUCUCGAGAAGGUUGAUAUUUGCGAUUCCCUGCUUUUUUUUUGUAAAAAUAAAUAUAUAUAUAAGAAAAAAAAUUAAAAAACCUCCCUCCCUUCACAACCCGGUUAUAUCCAAGUUGUUAAAUUAUCCCUCGACUCAUCGGAAGGGAUCUUGAAUUUCCAUCUCAUAUUUGAAAUAAAAACAAUGUCGAUGGUAUUAUAUUAAAAUUCGAGGCUCGAGGGAGGAGUUAAAUCUGAUUUGCAUCUUCACCAAGGAAUCUGCCGAGUUACACUCGAGGAUCAUGAAAAUGGUGUUGUCUCAACGUCAGAGGGAGGAGUUAAAUAAGGCGAUCGCGGAUUAUUUAAGUGCGAAUGGUUAUCAAGAUGCAUUGGAGGCAUUCAAGAAGGAAGCCGACAUGCCCGGAGAAGUGGAAAGAAAAUACGGUGGUCUUCUUGAAAAAAAGUGGACCUCCGUCAUUAGACUACAAAAGAAGGUAAUGGAAUUAGAGUCGAAACUCUCAGAGGCUGAGAAGGAAUUCAUUGAAGGGGCGCCAACCCGUGGCAAAAGAUCCUCAUCCGAAUGGAUUCCAAGGCCGCCGGAAAAAUUCUGCCUCACUGGGCAUAGAGCGACAAUUAAUCGAGUCAUCUUUCAUCCAGUUUUCAGCCUGAUUGUCUCGGCGAGCGAAGACGCAACAAUUAAGGUUUGGGACUUUGAGAGCGGUGAAUUCGAGAGAACAUUGAAAGGACACACGGACAGUGUACAGGACAUUGCUUUCGACACAAAUGGUAAAUUACUCGUCUCAUGUAGUUCCGAUAUGUCAAUAAAACUCUGGGACUUUCAUCAGUCAUUCUCUUGUAUUAAGACAAUGCACGGUCACGAUCAUAAUGUCACGUCCGUGACAUUUGUGCCACAGGGCGAUUUUCUUGUGAGCGCAUCGCGGGACAAGACAAUUAAAAUUUGGGAGGUUGCAACGGGUUAUUGCGUCAAGACACUAACCGGUCACAGGGAAUGGGUGCGAAUGGCACGAAUCAGUCCUUGCGGUGAACUCAUUGCAAGUUGCUCCAACGAUCAGACUAUUAGGAUUUGGUCCGUUGCCACCAAGGAGACAAAGGCCGAACUCAGGGAUCAUGAUCACGUGGUUGAGUGUAUCGCCUGGGCUCCAGAAUGCGCGCGAGCGCCAAUAAACGCGGCCGCUGGCGCUGAUAACAAGGGUGCACACGAGGGACCUUUCCUCGCAUCGGGUUCACGUGACAAAACAAUUCGCAUUUGGGAUGUUGGCGCUGGCGUUUGUCUAUUCACGUUAAUUGGCCACGACAAUUGGGUGCGCAGCAUUGUCUUUCAUCCCGGUGGGAAAUUCAUUGUCAGUGCAUCCGACGAUAAGACGUUACGAGUUUGGGACAUUCGCAAUAAACGCGCCAUGAAGACACUCGAGGCGCACGUUCACUUCUGCACUUCUGUCGAUUUUCACAGAAGUCAUCCGUACGUUGUCACCGGUAGUGUGGACCAGACGAUAAAAAUUUGGGAGUGUCGCUAGUCACCGGAUUUUCGAGUAAAUUAAUCGAAAGCCCCCCGCCCUCCUCCCUUUCCCCCCAUUAUUUCUUUACCCCCACCCCAAAAAAUACAUAAAACACACAUAAAUUUUUCUUUUUUUCCAAAUAAAUUCGCAAUACGCGUAAUUUUUUAUGGAGAGACACGCGCGUCUUUUUGUUUUAUUUUUUUUUCUCCAAAUAUUGAAGAAAAGAAAAAUGAAAAAAGAAAAAAAAUAACAACAACAACAAUUUACAAGAAGUAAAAAUAAAUAAACGGCCGAACGUGAGUACAGCUAUUACAAAAA